CGGUGCGCGGGCCGGGGACGAGCGGCGGGAGCGAGCGGCGCGGACACCCCGGGGCCUCGGUGAGGGAGAGGUGGGCACGGACGGACCGAGCGGGCGGCGGCACCGACACCGGCAGUGACAGUGACAGUGACAGGCGGCCGAGGCCAGGCUGCGCAGCGAGCGGGGGGUGAGGCGCGGAGACCGAGCGAGAGGCGAGGCCCGAGGCCCGGCGGCGGGAUGAAGUUCCAGUACAAGGAGGAGCACCUGUUCGAGAAGCGGCGCUCGGAGGGCGAGAAGAUCCGCAAGAAAUACCCGGACCGCGUCCCGGUGAUUGUCGAGAAGGCUCCAAAGGCCAGGAUAGGGGACCUGGACAAGAAGAAGUAUCUUGUGCCAUCUGACCUGACAGUGGGACAGUUCUACUUCCUGAUCCGCAAGCGCAUUCAUCUGAGGGCUGAGGAUGCCCUCUUCUUUUUCGUGAACAAUGUCAUUCCACCAACCAGUGCAACCAUGGGGCAGCUUUACCAGGAACAUCAUGAAGAAGACUUCUUUCUGUACAUUGCUUACAGCGACGAAAGUGUUUACGGGAUGUAGUCCCUGCAUCGCUACUGAUCACUUUGGAGGCCAAGCAUUCUCUGGUUCUGCACUUCCUGGUGUGUUCUCUAAUCGCUGACCUUCUGUGCAUCUGUCGUAUCCCUCUGGAUAAACGGGGAUGGGCUUCAGGUGGGAGGGAAGUGUGAAAUAAGUCUUCGAAUUCACUUGUUUUGAUUUGUCGAGUUUCUAAGCUUCUGUGUUGUUAUUUCUGCAGUCCUGCUUUUGGCUGUUUUUAUUUUCUCCCCCCCACCCCCUUUUUGUUGGUUGUGGGGGGGAUGGCUAGGUUUUGGGGGGGGAGUGGGGGGGAUUUCCUUCCUGGAUUAUUGAUUCUCCUUUUAAAAUGUCGAAGUUGAACAGAUAAAUCUUUCGCCAGCUGUGCUCUAUAUUUCCCGAAGGACACACCUCAUGUACCGUGGAGGCUAAUAAUAAAACACCAGUACAUACUG